UUCCGGGUAAGUUGUAGUCGGACAGCCAUAUUUGAUUCGAUUACGCUGUUCUGCCACUUUAGUUCGUGGCGAAAAAAAUCAUUUGUAAGAAGAGUCCGGAGUCGGUUAGAAUCCACCAUAAAAAACCUCCAACUGCGUCCACGGCGACGACAGGUGACGUCCGGUAGUCAACGAUGAAUCCAGAAUAUGAUUAUUUAUUUAAGCUGCUGCUGAUCGGAGACUCCGGAGUGGGAAAAUCCUGUCUCCUCCUCCGCUUUGCUGAUGACACGUACACCGAGAGCUACAUCAGCACCAUCGGAGUGGACUUCAAGAUCAGAACCAUCGAGCUGGAUGGGAAGACCAUCAAGCUGCAGAUUGUAGGGAGACGUGUGUGUGUGUGUGUGUGUGUGUGUGUGUGUGUGUGUGUUAUGUAUUUUGAGCUUGUGUGUGUUCUGCCCCCUCAGUGGGACACAGCUGGUCAGGAGCGGUUCCGGACAAUCACGUCCAGCUACUACAGAGGAGCUCAUGGCAUCAUAGUGGUUUAUGAUGUCACAGAUCAGGAGUCCUUCAACAACGUGAAACAGUGGCUCCAGGAGAUCGACCGCUACGCCAGCGAGAAUGUCAACAAGCUGUUGGUGGGCAACAAGUGUGACCUCACCACCAAGAAGGUGGUGGACUACACCACGGCCAAGGAGUUUGCCGAUAACCUGGGAAUCCCGUUCCUGGAGACGAGCGCUAAGAGCGCCACCAACGUGGAGCAGGCCUUCAUGACGAUGGCGGCCGAAAUCAAGAAGAGGAUGGGCCCUGGGGCCACGGCCGGCGCCGCUGAGAAGUCCAACGUCAAGAUCCAGAGCAAGCCAGUCAACACUUCAUCAGGAGGCUGCUGCUGAGAGCCGCAGCCCCCCCUCGCCCCAGACGGACGGACAGAUGGGAUUCUGGGUAUCACGCUCCAACAGGUGUCACCCAGUGAAUCAUCAGGACUGUAAGGCCCCCCCACCUAUCACAUGACACCGUUUUUAAAAAGAAAGAGUCCGUUUGGCUCCUGCUGCUCAUCAGAGCAGUGUGACACGAAGCGCACGCUGGAACCGGCAGUGUGCACGCCAGCUGACUCCGCCCUUUCAGUCCACGCGCCUUCAUGGCAGAAGUCCGCUGCUCCCCUCCAUCUCCCCCGUAACAUUCCUGUGUGCGCGCGCACGCUGCCGGUUCUCUUCCCGUGAUGUGUUGGAGUGGCGUUGGGACGUCCAGCUCCGGGUUUGUAAACUGUAAAUAUUUAUACAUAAAGUUUGAGGUGGUAGAGCAGGAAUGGAAGCACGUGAUUGGUGGAUGAAGACGUGACAUUUUUGUGGCACAAUGUCUAUUAAAAGAAUGAAGGAGAUGUUUGA